CAGCAAAAGUAAAAGUUGGCUAGAUAAAGUAGCAAACAUAAUUGGACCUACGAAGCCAAAUAUAAAUACCAAGGAACGACGACCUAUGGACAUAUUUAACGUGAUUGGGAAUCACGUGGCACGAGAUUGAAGACGCAAUUUCCCUGAGCUCAUUCCCUGGAAACCAAGGAGCUACUGGACAGGAGUGGACAGAGGACACUGGAUACCACUGCAAAAUCAGUCUAGAGGAGGAGCGAGGAACUAGACGGCCAAAAGUUCCACGUGGACACGAUACCUACGCCACGCACCACGGUACGAUCAGCCAUCCCAUCCUACUCCUAUCCCACCUAUAUACUUCUUUUGUGUAAACACAGUGCUUAAAUUAAUUCCAGUGUUAUAUAACGUGACCGAUCCGUUAUCUCGCCGGUGACCGGCCACGCGGCAUCCGCCCGCCUCCCGUCUACUUAGUGCAACACACGUGAGUACCUUCUCUUUUCACUUGCCACCAAAAUGUCUUUAGAGCCAUCUGCACCCAGGUCUAGUGCCAAGUCCCCCACACGAGGUGUUACAGACGAACUUACUGACAAACUAAUUCGCGAACUUGUUAGGAAACGUGGCAUAGUCAAAGGUAGACUCACUAGGUUUUCUAAUUAUCUAGCCAACGUGGCCAAGGAUAGUGUUUUAAAAGCGCAAGAUCGCAUUGAUUUAAAACUACGCAUUCAAGGGGCUACUAGCCUAUUUGCUGAGUUUAAUGAACUCCAAACUAAAUUAGAAGAAUCUGUUAAUGAGUGUGAUUUAAAUAGCCAGUUAGAUCAACGUGAACAGUUCGAGGAUUCUUACUACGGCACCAUUGCGCAGGCCGAGUUAAUUCUCAACAGUGGAGAGGUCACUAACAGUUCUCACAGUAGUAGCAACAAAAACCUUCUUAAAUCAGUGCAAUUGCCCACCAUUUCCAUGCCCACCUUCGACGGCUCAUUCGAGCGUUGGUUAGAGUUCAGGGACACGUUCUCAUCACUCGUACACAACUCAACAGAUAUUACCAAUAUUCAGAAAUUCCAUUAUCUGAAAUCAUCACUGAAAGGAAGCGCUGCACUUAUCAUUGAUGCACUAGAGUUCUCUUCGGAUAAUUAUAAUGUCGCCUGGGAAUUGUUGUUAAACCGGUACAACAACAAUAGAUUGCUAGUUCAAAACCAUAUUAAAGCUUUGUUUAACUUAAAUCCAUUACCCAAAGAGUCAGCUGCUUUAAUUAGAACAUUAAUUGAUACAAUUCUAAAAAACUUAAGGGCACUUAAUAUGCUCGGUGAACCAACACAACAUUGGGACACUCUUGUCGUGUAUAUGAUUGUAUCAAAGCUGGAUAAAACCACUGAACGCGAGUGGGAGCAAUAUAAAGGCUCCUUACUUGCACAAAAGGAUUCGAAAAUACCCAUUAAAUCCUUUGUUCCCAUCGAGUCACACAUCAAACCUGUCACACUGUAAACAGUUGGGAAUUCUUCAUGAAAAGUGUGCCAUCUAGUCACAGUGUUACUCGAUGGGAGUGUUACUCGUUGGGAAUGAUUUAUUUCUGAAUUCCAAACCAGCCGCUGUAACUAGAUGGGAACAUAAACUAGAAAAUUCCCAACUGUUCUCCCGUUACUCGUUAAGAUUUGUUCAGUGAUGAUGAAUGAUGAUGAUGCCUAACCAGUGAUAGGUACUGUGACUUAUACAGUGUGUUGUUUUUCGGACCCGAUGGGGGUUUUUUCUCGAUGAUAUUACUCGUAGAAACCCUUAAAGUUUGGGUCCGA